UCCAUUUAGAGAGGAAAAAAAAAGAGGAAGAACACGGAUAGAUUCCUUCGGUUCCUCCCCCCUUGUUUUUCUUGUUUCUAUAUAGCCGUCCAACGCCCAGCGGUUCUCCUCGCGCACGCGCAGAAGCCUCCCCUCGUCAUCCCCGUCCUCGUUCCCUCCCGCCGGGCGGACGGACGGCCGCGAGCCUCUCCCGCACAUCCCCCGCUGCUCCUUCCUCCAGCCGGAGCACGUACUCCGACACGGGGCUCCGCAUUGCCUCUCCUCUCUCUCCGAGCUGCGAAUCGGAAGGAACGGAGACAUGGAUUCAAGGGCAGAGCAGCACGGCUGCGCGCAUUACGCGAGGGGUUGCAGGAUUCGGGCGCCGUGCUGCGGCGAGGUCUUCGGCUGCCGGCAUUGCCACAACGAAGCCAAGAAUUCGCUCCAGGUCGAGCCCCGCCACCGGCACGAGAUCCCUCGCCACGAAAUAAAAAAGGUUAUCUGCUCGCUCUGCAGCAAAGAACAGGAUGUGCAACAGAAUUGCUCUGACUGUGGGGCAUGCAUGGGAAAAUACUUCUGUGCGAAAUGCAACUUCUUCGACGAUGAUAUCUCAAAGAACCAGUAUCAUUGCGAUGGAUGCGGCAUCUGCAGAACUGGUGGCAUGGACAACUUCUUUCACUGCGAAAAAUGUGGGUGUUGCUACGGCAAUGUCUUGAAGGACUCUCAUCACUGCGUGGAAAGAGCAAUGCAUCACAACUGCCCUGUCUGCUUCGAGUAUCUGUUUGACUCGACAAUGGACAUCAGUGUACUGCACUGCGGGCACACGAUCCAUCUGGAAUGCCUGAACGAGAUGAGGGUUCAUCACCACUACUCAUGCCCGGUCUGCUCGCGCUCCGCCUGCGACAUGUCCGACGCGUGGCAGAAGCUCGACGAGGAGGUCGCCGCCACGCCGAUGCCGGAGUUCUACCAGAAGAAGAUGGUAUGGAUCCUCUGCAACGACUGCGGGGCGACAUCGAGCGUGCGCUUCCACGUUCUGGCGCAGAAAUGCCCGGGUUGCAGGUCCUAUAACACCCGGGAAACAAGGGGAGGCCCUGCUGUGGCGGCGGCGGCAGCGUGCUCCAGGGUCUGAACUCUGAGCACGAGGAGAAGACACGGACUACUCGCAGCUGGUGAGCUGGGAUCGACGCUGUCCAGGAGCUACACAGAUGAUGGAGCAUUCAAGCUUGUAGGUUGAAGCUGCUUGCUAGUACUUGAUUCUGCAGUAGGAAGCAAGGGGAGGGCGCCUCCUCUCUGAACCGGCCGGGAAUUGCCGUCACUGUGCCGUCGUCGCGGUCGCUGGCUUCGAUUCAGAGAACAACUACGACGCUUGCCACUCGUGCGUCAACCGAGAGGAUUGAUUUUCCGUUUAAUUGCAUUACAUAGGUUAUGAAAAAUGGCAAAACAAAUACAAAUGGAGUGUGCGAUACGGGUGAUGCUGCCGCUGGAAACUUGUUGUUCUCUCAUGCGGUACAACUACACCUUGGGGGGAGUCCUUCCCAUUGCUUCAGUUUAAUCACGUGUCUGCAACCACCAGACAGCAUAAAAGCGCCGUGUAUAUUGAGAAAAUAUUAAUAGAAAUAAUUGAGAGAACUAUGAAUGGUAGAAACA